AUCUUCUCUCUGUCUCUCCCCCUCCUCCCGUACCCCGCCACACAGAACGACGACCACAACACUCCUCGCCGCCGCCGCCGCGGACGACGACGACGAUGUGGCGUUCGCGAGCCCGUACCCUGCUCCUCCUCCGCUCGUCCAUCCCCAGCUCGCCGCCGCAGACAAAUCCAUUUCGAACCUUGACCCGAGCUCCACCUCCACGCUUUCUCUCCCGUUUCCUCUCCUCCUCCCCGGAGGCCCUCCCGGUCCCGGAUGCCUCACCCUCUUCAUCCUCAGCCGGAGCCGUAUCCACAUCUGCUGAUCCCGCUGAGGACAACCUGGCCGCGCUCUGGGAAGAAGAUGCCGGCGACGCCGACGACAUUUUCGUCUCCUCCGCCUCCUCCGACACCGCCGGUUCUGUAGCCGACGAUGAGGAGGUCGGCCGCGUACGCGCCGUCGUGGAGUCCACUCCAGAGGACCAGAUCCCCUCCGCCAUCGCCGAUAUGGUCGUGGACUUCACCGAAUCGCUCCUGUCCGCCGUUCUCUUCUCUGCCGAGAACUGCUCUGGUAAAAAGCUACUACUUCUUUUCCAGUCUGCAGGGAAGAACAACCCCGAUGCCAAGAGCGUUGCCAACCUUGAGAUCGUUGCGAGCAAGCUUGCUGAUUCUGAUGAGAUUGACAAGAUGGAUGCGUACUUGCUAUGGGAUUUUGUCAAGGAAAUGGGCAGUGCACCAGGAUCAGUGAGCACUCAGUUGUUGAAUAGGGUGAUAGCAAUCUUCUGGAAACUCGAGAAGUCGAAGGCGGCACUAGAGGUGCUUGACAAGUUCAGUGAGUUUGGCUGUACUCCGGAUGGUGAUAGCUAUUAUCUGGUGAUUCAAGCAGCUGGAAAGAAGUCCAUGGUUGGUGCUGCAUGGGGAGUUUGUGAGAAGAUGCUUGGCUCAGGGUUCUUCCCUGAUGGGGAGAAGACCGGUGAGAUUGUGACAUUCUUUUGCAAGGGGAAAAAGGUGACGGAGGCACAUUCAGUAUUCCUAGCAGCGAAGGAGAAGAAGGUUAAGAUUCCAACAUCGGCAUUGGAUUUCCUUAUCGGUGCUUUGGCGAGGAAUGAUGAGACCAUCAGUGUGGCUCUAGAGCUGCUGGAAGAAUACCAAGGGAAGUCUCUGAAGCAUGCUGGCAAGUCUUUUGCUGCAGUUAUACAUGGUUUGUGUAGGAUGAACAAUGUGAAGGAUGCAAAGAAAUUGUUGAUGAGGAUGGUGAAUCUUGGCCCAGCUCCUGGUAGUGCAGUGUUCAACCUUGUCAUCACGGCAUUGUCUAAAGAGGGAGAAAUGGAGGAUGCAAAGGGUUUGAUAAGAGUGAUGGAGAGCCGAGGGCUGCGCCCUGAUAUUUAUACAUACAGUGUAAUCAUGAGUGGCUACACAAAAGGAGGCAUGAUUAGUGAAGCCCAUUCUCUACUUCGCGAGGCAAAGAAGAUCCAUCCAAAACUAAGCAGAGUUACUUAUCACAUACUAAUUCGUGGGUACUGCAAGAUGGAGGAGUUUGAAAAGGCCCUGGAGUGCCUAAAUGAGAUGAAGGAAGAUGGGCUGCAGCCAAAUAUGGACGAGUAUAACAAACUUAUCCAGUCACUAUGUCUCAAAGCUAUGGACUGGAGAACAGCUGAGAAACUCCUGGAGGAAAUGGAGAGCAGUGGAUUAUGCCUAAAGGGCAUUACACGCAGCCUGGUAGCAGCAGUCAAGGAGUUGGAAAUGGAAGAGAUGUCAAAAGACAGCCAAGAAGCAUAGGUUAGGAUACUCGUGAUGUGCACAGCCACUAAUCAGUUUUUGGGCAUUGCCAUUUUUUGCUCUCUGCAUCUUUGGUGAGGUUAUGGAAAACACCAUCUUUUGUACUUGUCUGUUUGUUGUUAGAUGCUAUAAUAAUUUUGCAUUUAUAUUAUAAAUGCUGGACUGGCAGGGAUGCAUAUUUAAUUUUGGACUUCACUAGAA